AUGGUAAGACAAAAGCAACCGACGGCUCGGAAGAGCACUUCCGGAGUGUCGAAGAACGCCAACUAUAGGACAAACACCACUCGCGAGCCAUCCUUUGUGAUCGUGUCGUCUCCCGAACCGAGCGCUCAGUUGUCGGACACGAGUCCACACUCUGAGAGAGACAACAGAGACAACACUCCCAACACUUCCAACACAGCCGGCAGUCAGUCGUCGGGUUUCGCGUUCGCUUCGGCCAACCGUUUGGCCCGUAUUUUGGAGACCAAACGUCGCGGACAGUCGUCUUCCGGCGACCCGAAGGUCGCGACCGGACGUAAGCGUACGGGCGGUGAGAAUCAGAUAAAGCAGAAGAAGUAUCGCCACAGACCCGGAACUAUUGCCCUCAAAGAGAUCCGACGCUUCCAGAGGACGACCGAACUGUUGAUUCCUCGGCUCCCGUUUCAGCGAUUGGUCCGCGAAAUCGCCGCCGAAUUCAAACACGAGCUUCUGUUCCAAUCGGCGGCCAUUUCGGCGCUUCACGAGUCGGCCGAAGCAUAUCUCGUCGGACUCUUCGAAGACGCGAAUCUCUGUGCCAUUCACUCCCGAAGAGUGACUGUUAUGCCCAGAGAUAUACAGCUCUCACGCCGUAUACGCGGCGAACGCAACUGA